CCAAUCCCGGCGACACGUGGAGUGGGCACGUUUCCUUCCCGGGCGGGCGGCAGCAGGAAAGUGACACAGAUGACAGGGAUACUGCUAUACGAGAAGUGUAUGAAGAGGUUGGGGUAAGCCUAGCGCCCACACAACAUCCUACGCGACCGGCAAAGGAUGCUGAUACUCGCUUUGUGUGUGUGGGGAGGCUGGAUGACAGGCAGGUAAUAUGUUGA